UUGUGAAGUCUUUAUUUGGCAGUCGAUACCUAAAGGAAAAUAUUUUUAAGGAAUGUCAAAGCGCAAAUCUGAAAGCCAUAUGUCAACUCCAGCAGAAAAAUCAAAUCCAUCAAAUUCCAUCCAGAUUGUUGGUAACGCUAUCAUUGGCAAAGAGACACCUCUUCAGGACUACAAGAACUUGAUUACAACACAUGUUGCAGUUGAAGAAAUUGUCGAUGAUGAAAUUAUAAAAGAAAAUGUUAUAAAGAUUUCAAGUGCUGCACGUGAUGUCAUCUGGGAACUUUUAUUCAAUGAUGCAAAUGCAUCGGAUGAGUCACAGAAAAAAGCUACAGAUGUGCUUGAAGAAUACAAGAGUGACGCAUGUUUCUAUCAACCCUGGCCUUACAACGAAUGGAUUGUGAAAUUACGCGAUGAGCUGCUAAAAAGAAACAUGCUGGAUUUCUGGCGCAACUCAAUUGUGAAGAAGCAAUUGGGUCCUUGUUGGCACCGUGACUCAGAUCUUUUUGACGGCGACGACGAGCCGCCGCUGGAAUUCUAUGCGCAUGCCGGCUGCACAGCUCCAUUUGCGGCGAGUGUGAAGGUGCGAGCGCUGAGCAAGAACUCCAGCUUUGAAGAGCAGCCAAUUCCGGAAAGUGAACGUAAAACUUACAAUGCAGCUGCUUUGUCUGGCGAUUUUGAAGUUAAGAUCAGCAUGGAAAAUGCUCUAGUCGACUAUCAGAAUUUAAUGAAACGCUAUGUCUUGACUACUGUCCCUGUCCCCGAUGAAAUACAGAAGAAGAACAUUGCUAAAAUAAGCCAAGUAGCUCGCGAGACAAUAUGGAAACUGCUGUUUGAGGGAACACCGGAACAGUUGGAGUUUGAUAAGGCCGCCGAAUUGUUGCAGGAGUACAAAGGCGAUGCUGGGUUUUACGGGCCCUGGGAAUUUAACGAGUGGAUUAUCAAGCUACGCGAUGAAGUACUCGAACGGAAAUUGCUAGAAUUCUGGGCCAAAAAAAUUGUCGCAAUGGAGCUUGGACCGUGUUGCGUCCGAGAUUCAGAAUUUUUUGAGUCCGAAGAUCCAGUUCCAUUGGAGUUCUAUGAAAAAGCCGGAUUCAAAGCUCCUUUUGACCCCAAAAAGGAAGAGUAGCUGCAAGCCCAACGGAGUCUCUUUUUGUAUUACUUUAUUCAUUUGGCUAAAAGUCACAAUCUCCAUUGAUAUAAUAAAAAUUGUUAAGAUUUUUUAAAUAAACAAAAACAGCAUGCCAAAGGCAAAAUACAUUUAUAGCUAUCAA